UUAAUGAAAAAAAUAUUUUUCGUGCAACGACAACCGACGUUAACGGCAUUUGUCCAUCACUAACACAAAGGAGCAAAACGAGGUUCUCAUCUGGCAAUGGAAUGAAGGUAGGAGGAGAUGCUAUUGUGGAGAGAGCCAUAGCCAAGCUACCUGUACUCUGCUGAUAUGGAUUCUACCACAUCUCAACGUCUAAUCCCUUUAGGCCACUCCAAAAUUAUUCAUCUGGUGAGGCAUGCUCAAGCAAAUCACAAUGUUGCAGGGAAGAAGGAUCAUGAUGCAUUAUUAUCUCCUGAAUUUUUUGAUGCAUCGCUCUCCUCUUUGGGCUUGGAGCAGGUCAGCAAUCUCAGCAACCAUGUUUAUGCAUCUGGACUGUUAAAGAAAAUUGAUUUGGUCAUCACAUCCCCUUUGCUAAGGGCUAUGCAAACAGCAGUUGGAGUCUUUGGUAGAGAAAGAUCAUCAGGUCUCAAGUGCCCGCCAAUUAUAGCAGUUGAACUUUGUCGAGAACGUACGGGAGUUCAUCCAUGCGAUAAGAGGAAAACCAUUAGGGAGUAUUCAUCUCUUUUCCCUCAAAUCGAUUUUUCUCUGAUAGAAAGCGAUGACGACAAUUUGUGGAAAGCAGAUGUUAGGGAGACUGAAGAAGAAGUUGCUGCUAGGGGCUUGAAAUUUAUGAACUGGUUAAAGACACGCCACGAGACAGAAAUUGCAGUUGUUACUCAUCACAGGUUCUUGCAGUAUACUUUAAGUGCCAUAAGAAAUGACUUUCAUCCCUCGCUCAGAAGUGAAAUAUGCAAAGAAUUCUCGAACUGUGAGCUUCGUUCGAUGAUCAUGGUUGAUAAGAGGUGCAGGAUGGUGAAUUCCCCAACAACUGAUAGUAACGGAGAACGUGCUUAAGACAUGAUCUUGCCGGUUAUGCUGCAGAGUGGCUUAUUGCAGGAAGUUGUCAUGUGUCAUUUACCUUCCUUAGUUCUUGAUUUUAUUUUUAAGUAAUUUGAUCCAAGUAAUUGAUAAUGAAUUUAGUUGCACUUGUUGAACUUCAAAUAAAAGGAACCAAAACUCUAAGUUCCUUGAUCUAAGUCUUACAAGGAGCUGUGGAUCAGCAUAGGUAUCAAUGAAAUUAAACUUGAAGCUUCAUUUUUUA